UGAAAUCCGCCUGACGACGCCUGACUGUUCUGACGUCACUCCACUUCCGGUCUCCACCCAUUUGCAGCCAUGAUGCAGGAAGGGUUGGACGACGGACCCGACUUCCUCUCCGAGGAGGACCGGGGACCACGUGCAGUCAACGUGGACCUUCAAACAGAUGCCAUGCUGCAGGUUGACAUCUCUGAUGCCCUGAGUGAGAGAGACAAGGUCAAAUUUACCGUUCACACCAAGAGCACGCUUCCCAACUUUAAGCAGAACGAGUUCUCGGUGGUCCGACAGCAUGAGGAGUUCAUCUGGCUGCAUGACUCCUUUGUCGAAAAUGAAGAAUACGCAGGAUACAUCAUCCCCCCAGCACCUCCAAGACCAGACUUUGAUGCAUCCAGAGAGAAGCUGCAGAAGCUGGGCGAGGGCGAGGGAUCCAUGACUAAAGAGGAGUUCACAAAGAUGAAGCAGGAGCUCGAGGCAGAGUACCUUGCCAUCUUUAAGAAAACCGUAGCCAUGCACGAGGUCUUCUUAUGUCGUGUGGCAGCUCAUCCUGUGCUCAGGAAAGACCUCAAUUUCCAUGUCUUCCUGGAGUAUAACCAGGAUCUGAGUGUACGAGGGAAGAACAAGAAGGAAAAACUGGAAGAUUUCUUUAAAAAUGUGGUGAAGUCUGCAGAUGGUGUCUUGGUGGCUGGAGUUAAGGAUGUGGAUGAUUUCUUUGAGCACGAGAAGACGUUUCUGUUAGAAUAUCACAACAGAGUCAAGGAUGCUUCAGCCAAGUCUGACAGAAUGAUCCGAUCACACAAAAAUGCUGCUGAUGACAUCAACAGAAUUGCCUCAUCUCUCUACACAUUAGGAACACAGGACUCCACAGACCUCUGCAAGUUCUUUCUCAAAGUGUCAGAGUUGUUCGAGAAAACUCGGAAAAUUGAAGCUCGCAUUGCAGCAGAUGAAGACCUGAAGCUGGCCGACCUGCUGAAAUAUUAUUUGAGGGAGUCACAGGCUGCAAAGGAUCUCUUGUACCGGAGGAGUCGGGCUUUGGUCGACUAUGAGAACGCUAACAAGGCUCUAGAUAAGGCUCGAGCCAAAAACAGAGAUGUUCUGCAGGCCGAGACCAGUCAGCAGCUUUGCUGCCACAAGUUUGAGAAAAUCUCCGAGUCUGCCAAGCAAGAGCUCAUAGACUUUAAGACAAGGCGAGUGGCAGCCUUCAGGAAGAACCUGGUGGAGCUGGCCGAGCUUGAGCUCAAACACGCCAAGGGGAACCUCCAGCUGCUGCAGGGCUGUCUGGGCAUCCUGAAAGGAAACACUUAACUGUUUGAUACUGCAUACAUCCAGCUGGAUGCCCCCUGGCUUCUGUCCCGCCCAUUUCCAGCUGGACAAUCCCGUCACAUGGGUGAAACCUGAAAGGACAGAAAACCGACGCCAAGAUAACUGGACCUGGAGACAAAUGGAAAGAGUCUGAAAUAAAAAAGACAGGAAGUCUGUUGUCAUCAUCACUAACAAGACAGUCUUUUUUUUUUUGUUUGUUUAAUGCCCUGAUUCCUGUUCAUCAUCUUCCUCUUUCUCUAGCAGCAUAAGUAUUGGUCCUACUGUUCUUUUGCCUGAUUUGCAGUGCCUGUACUGGCCCUACUGAGCCACCAUAACCAGCAGACUAAGGCUGGUCUCUGAGAGGUCCUAAUAAAUUAGCUGUUUCUGUGGUUUCAGUCUGAUUCUGGUGUAACUGGAUUUGAUUGGACAUUCUGUACUUUUUGUAAAUUUGUGAAGUUAAAUAAACCAGAUUCAGUCUAAAAUUCAGUCACCUUUUCAAAACGUAAAUAAAGAUUUUAGGUCAAAACAGAAACUAGUGACGGUCACUCUUGGAGGGAUACUGACCCGGUCUGCUGCAUCUGUACUCACGGGUCCAAGUUUGUCUCUGCUGGUGACCAACCUCCAUCUCAAGGCCGCUUCUGUCUUUUUUGAGUCUUAUUUAGUGCACAGCAGCAUAACUUUAGCUCAACAAGCUUACUGCUUUAACCAGAGAAGGAAAAAUUAGUUUUGUGAUCAUGACUUAACUGUCCUCGUUUGUUUGAGGGAGUUAAAAACAAAAUUGACAACAUUUCUAAAAAAUGACAUGCUAAAGUCAAAUUUUAAACAGCCUUUAUUCCCUUUGGUUAAACCUUUCUUUGGUGAAUGCAGAUGCUGAUUGUAUCGAGCUGUAUUACUGUUGGUUUCUAUUGUGAUGCACUGCACUCCUAUUAGUUUUUUUUUUAAAAUUUGCUCUAAAAAACCCUCAUCCUCAGUCAACCACAGUGUCCGGUUAGUAGCUCUUCAUUGAACUUCUAUCAGUGUUUUAAAGUAUCUGGAAACAAGAUUCAUCUUUUGACUUUAUUUGAAAGUUUAAAGACUCAAAAACAGACAAAAGUAGUCAGUAAAAGACAAGUGUGUGUGCUCUGUUUUAUUUUUGUGCCACACAUGGCCUCACCUGUUGUUUUGCUGUUUGCAUUUUCUGCCUCUUCGGUUCUGUUUAUUUUGGUGGCGCUUGUGUGUCCAGGGGGAAUUUUAAUGUGUAUCGACUUCCUGUGGCGCUGCUACUACUGUGUGACGGCGUUUUGAGUCCAGUUCUCUGUUCCUGUUAAAGUGUAAAUUCACUAUAGAAAAAAAAAACACAAACUUGUACAUGUUUGUAUUAGUUGACUAAUGAACGCUAACGAUCUUCAUCACUUAUUGUAGAUUCUUUGUUCACUUAUCAGACGUUUGUCACUCUAAUCGAAAGCGGAGCUUCUGUUUGCCUUAACGUUGAUCGGUGGCUCCUCAUGGGUCAUUGAUAAGAAAAAGUUAAGUCACCAAAUGAAAACAGUUUCUGUUCUUAUCCCUAUUUUUUAAUGAACUGUAUACGAAUGUUUUUCAAUCUUGUGUGACCAAAGCUGCUUCUGCUGAUUCAAGAUGGAAACAGAAAAAUAAUAAAAGAUGAUUAUAAAAUUCACAACAUUUUAGUUGUUUAAACUUCAGCAGGUCUGUAAUCCACCCUGAUCGUACUGAGACUCAAUAAAACUUUACAGUUUUCUUACAAA